GUGCCGUUCCUGGCGGAGGGAGUGUCUCCGCUGUGCGGGAGGCUGCGGGAGGCUGCGGGAGGCUGUCAGGCUGAAACAUGGACAGUCAGGGCAGGAAGAUAGUGGUGUGUGACAAUGGCACCGGGUUCGUCAAGUGCGGCUACGCCGGCUCCAACUUCCCAGAGCACAUCUUCCCGGCGCUGGUUGGCCGGCCGAUCAUCCGCUCCACAGCCAAAGUCGGCAACAUAGAAAUCAAGGACCUGAUGGUGGGGGACGAGGCGAGCGAGCUGCGCUCCAUGCUGGAGGUGAACUACCCGAUGGAGAACGGCAUCGUCAGGAACUGGGACGACAUGAAGCACCUGUGGGACUACACCUUCGGCCCCGAGAAGCUCAACAUCAACUCGCGGGACUGUAAGAUCCUGCUGACCGAGCCGCCCAUGAACCCCACCAAGAACCGCGAGAAGAUCAUCGAGGUGAUGUUUGAGACGUAUCAGUUUGCAGGAGUUUACAUCGCCAUCCAGGCCGUGCUCACGCUCUACGCCCAAGGUCUGCUGACCGGGGUGGUGGUCGACUCCGGCGACGGCGUCACCCACAUCUGUCCCGUGUACGAGGGCUUCUCCCUGCCGCACCUGACCCGACGCCUCGACAUCGCCGGCCGGGACAUCACACGCUACCUCAUCAAGCUGCUGCUCCUGAGGGGCUACGCCUUCAACCACUCGGCCGACUUCGAGACGGUGAGGAUGAUGAAGGAGAAGCUGUGCUACGUCGGCUACAACAUCGAGCAGGAGCAGAAGCUGGCUCUGGAGACCACGGUGCUGGUGGAGUCCUACACGCUCCCCGACGGCAGGGUCAUCAAGGUGGGCGGCGAGAGGUUCGAGGCCCCCGAGGCGCUGUUCCAGCCCCACCUCAUCAACGUGGAGGGAGUGGGCGUGGCCGAGCUGCUCUUCAACACCAUCCAGGCGGCGGACAUCGACACCAGGGCUGAGUUUUACAAACACAUCGUCCUGUCCGGAGGCUCCACCAUGUACCCCGGCCUGCCGUCCCGCCUGGAGCGCGAGCUGAAGCAGCUUUACCUGGAGCGAGUGCUGAAGGGAGACGUGGACAAGCUGUCGAAAUUCAAGAUCCGGAUCGAGGACCCCCCUCGGCGUAAACACAUGGUGUUCCUGGGCGGCGCCGUGCUCGCCGACAUCAUGAAGGACAAGGACAACUUCUGGCUGACGCGCGAGGAGUACCAGGAGAAAGGCAUGCGAGUGCUGGAGAAGCUGGGCGUCACCGUCAGAUAAAAACAAAAACUUAACAACAACAAAAAACCCCAAACAAAACAAAACAAACAAA